CUCGUCUGUGUGAAUUAAUUUUUUUUUUUCGAUUUACAAAUUAAAAAAUACAUACAAAUCAGAUUUAGUAAUAGCAACAAAAACAAAAAUUUUCCAUCGAUAAACGUUUGUUUCAAUUUAGUAAUGGGAAAUGAAGAAAGUCAAUUUCAGAAUAAUCCACAACAUCGCCAACAACAACCACAAUCAGGAUUAAAUUCUAGCUUUUACAAUUCUAUUGGUGGAAACGAUAAUUUUCAAUAUUCACAACAUCAACAAUAUCAACAAUAUCAUCCACAACAACAACAACAACCCCAACAACAAUCGAACAAUAUGAAUGUUUUAUCAUCAAUGACAUCAAAUCUGGCGCAAAAAGCGGCCGGUAGCGCUAAUCAAACAGGAUCAAUGUUCAAUUCAAUUGGACAAUUAUCAACAUCAUUUCCAAAUAGUAUUAAACCAAUGAAUCAAUUAAUUAAUCAAUUUCAUCCGGGAUCAUUUUCUGGCAUUGGUGGUAUGGGACCUAAUAAAUCAACAGGAUCACAACCACCAACAGCAACAAAUACGAUGACAAAUUCUAUGCCCAAUAUUACCUCAUCAUCAUCAUCAUCAUCAAAUGCCAACAUAGCAACAACAGCUAAAUCUCCCAUACCUACACAAGUGCCCGAAGUUGAUCUUAGUGGUUUAACUGAAGAAGAAAAACAAAUGAUACAAUCUGUAAUGGCUAGAGCUCAACAAGAUACACAAAGUCUAAUGCCACAUACACCACAAGCUCCAAUAUCAUCACCAAAAAUAUCGACAACAUCGUCAACACAACAAAUGUCAUCAUCAUUAUCAACAGCAACGACAAUGCAACAACAACAGCAACCACAACAUCAUCCUCAACAAAAUUCAUCAAUGAUGCCAUAUUCAAAUGAAAAAAUUACAAUAGAAAUCAAACGUUUACAAGAAUAA